UAAUCUUCUACGAACUCAUAGAAAUAUAUAGCAUUUCCGUCACUGUGAUACAUCUGUGUGAAAUAGUGCCUUCUAAAUGGAAUAACCUCUCGCGUAGCAAACCUUCCCCUCUCCAGGGUUCGUCCUCGUAUCUUUAUAGCAACAGAUGUGAGAACCCAUGCCAGUGCUCACCAUUCCGGUAAUGGAAAUGAAUGGAAAAUCUAAACACUACCUAUCCGAAGAUGGUCUUCAAGUUAAGUAUACAGGUCCAGCCGACAUGGUCCAGAGGAGACAGCGAGGCUGGAUAGGACAGAGAACGUACCUAGAGGUUGCGUUACUAGUCAGCUGUGGAGUUUUACUCUGUAUCACUGUCAUCCUCAUCAUCAUUGAGGCGACACGACACGAAGGCCAGCCCAGUGGUGGCGCUUCAUUACUUACCGCUACCAAUACAGUCUGUUUGUCACAGGAUUGUGUUAAAGCAGCGGCCAGGUUACUACAAGGGAUGAACCAGGAGGUAGACCCGUGUGAUAAUUUUUUCGAGUUUGCGUGCGGUUCCUGGAAUAAAGUUAACGUUAUUCCUGACGACAGACCUAGUUACAACACAUUCGCGAAACUAAGGGACGAUCUACAUGUGACCCUGAAAGAUUUAUUGGAGUCUCCAGUGACAACUGACGAAUGUGAAGCUUCCAAGAAAGCCAAACACCUGUACCAUUCCUGUCUCAAUGAGACUUUAAUAGAGGAGCGAGGCUUGGAGCCAGCCAUUAACUUGAUCGAGGAACUGGGAGGCUGGCCCGUGACGUUCGUCAACGGUACGUGGCCGGAGGAGACGUUUGACCUGACUGGACUGCUCAUCAAACUACGACUCUACAAUAAUAAGAUAUUGGUUGACCAGUGGGUUAGUGCUGAUGACAAAAACUCGGACGUCCAUAUUAUACAGCUGGAUCAGCCCGACCUCGGGAUGCCUUCCAGGGACUAUUACACCAAGGGUCGCCAUGAUCCAGAUGUCGUGGUCUACGAAGAGUUUGCAAUCGCCAUUGCUAUGGUGUUUGGCGCCAAUAAAACGGUUGCUGAAGAUGAUAUACGAGAAAUGGUGGAUUUGGAGAUACGACUAGCGAAUAUCACGGUACCACAGGUGCACAGACGGGACAACGAGAAACUGUACAAUAGAAUGACGGUCAGACGACUAAAGCAAAUCGUUCCAGGGUUUGAGUGGAUGCGUUACCUGAGGGCUAUAUUUGACCAAGUCAACAUCACCAUUACAGAGCUGGAGGAGGUGGUGGUGUACGCCCCGGAGUACCUGAAACAAAUGGUGGAGAUAAUUAACGAAACGCCGGGGAGAACACUGGCAAACUACUUAAUUUGGCGGAUAAUGAUGAACCGGAUGAUGAAUCUACCUGCUAAAUACAGAGACUUGCGGAAGGAAUACCAUAGACAAAUAUACGGAUCGGAAGUGGAGAGAUCAAGAUGGCGGGACUGUGUGAGUUACGUCAAUGACAACAUGGGUAAUGCUGUGGGGAGAUUGUUUGUACAGCAACACUUUGACGAACUGGCUAAGAAAGUGGCACUUGAUAUGAUACACGACAUUCGAAUCGCUUUCAACGAGCUUCUCCACGAAGUUGUAUGGAUGGACGAUUACACGCGCAAAGUGGCAGAAGAAAAGGCUGACGGUAUCGUUGAGAAGAUUGGUUACCCAUCCUAUAUACUUAAUGAUACCGCGCUAGACGAGGACUACCGAAACGUUUAUUUCCACGCCGAUAAAUACUUUGAAAAUGUCCUGGAGAACAUCAAAAGCAUAGCACUGGCAAAUAUGGCCCUUUUACGGGAACCCGUCGACAAGAGCAGAUGGUCAACAACACCCGCCAUUGUCAACGCCUUCUAUAGUUCUACGAAAAAUCAGAUUAUGUUCCCGGCAGGGAUUUUACAGCCACCGUUCUACUACAAAGGUUACCCCAAAUCAUUGAAUUACGGAGGUAUUGGAAUGGUGAUUGGACAUGAAAUAACUCAUGGAUUUGAUGACAGAGGUCGACAGUUCGACAAAGAUGGUAAUCUAAAACAAUGGUGGGAUGAUGUGGUCAUCGAACGAUUCAAGAACCAGACCAGCUGUAUUGUAGAACAGUAUGGGAACUACACCAUGCCAGGGAUCGGUAUAGCGUUAAACGGCAUCCAGACACAGGGAGAAAACAUCGCUGAUAAUGGAGGACUUAAGGAGGCGUACAGGGCAUAUUCAAAAUGGGAAAGAAGUCAGGAAAAAAAAGAGGACCUACUGCCGGGUUUGACGCAUCUAAACCAUCAUCAAUUAUUCUUUCUUAACUUCGCUCAGGUGUGGUGUGGAACGAUGAGACCGGAAGCAGCAGUGAACAGAAUCCGAACAGGUCUACACAGUCCAGGGCGCUUCAGGGUGAUUGGCACAUUACAGAACUCUAAGGAGUUUUCACGGGUGUUUAAUUGUCCCGCCGGCUCCUACAUGAAUCCUGUGAAUAAAUGUGAAGUAUGGUGAUAAGUAAUAUUACAAACGGGGAUUUCUCUGUCACACUGGAUGGAGCACACUAGUGACACUGUGUCAGAACGAAAGUGACGUCAUCUACGACUGUCGCCUCAUUAUGACGAUUAAAUCGGCCUUGUUGGCUCCGGUGUGAUUCUCUUUAAUUAAUCCAAGCAAGAGGGGUACAGCAAACACAGACAACUAGGACUGGUAUUUGGAUGAUGGAGGACAAUUGUAUUGGAAUAAAUAUCUGGUAAAGAAUGACUAUGGUUUAAAAUGUUAUCCAAUAAAGACGUUCCUGUGAAAAGUGUGAGUCAAAUUGACAAAUAAGGCUGAUUGUUUAAACUGAAUACGAUGUCAACAGGAAUUCAUCCAAUUUUCUCCAAAGGGCUCCCAGUUCUGAGAUCCUGAAUAAAAUCAUGACGGAAAAUCUAGUGCAACUUUUUGGAACAAACUGUCCUGUAGGACUCCUUAAAGGAAUAUUACCGACACUGGAGAAGUCAAUAUCUUCAUAUUUUAUGGGAGUUUUUCUCAUUUUCUCAUUCAAUAAAAAUCAUGUUUGACUUUCCCGGUCUCCAAAAUCUAGAAAGAGUAUAGAUUUUGAUUUGUAAUGCUUGUGAUGUGACUGAAUUUGGGGUGGCACAGUAACUUUAUGGCAUGAUGCAGUUGAAGGCUACAUGACAAGCUGUGUUUUUGUUGGUUGAUUAACAAUGAUUUGAAUUCUUAAUCAUGACGCGUGUUAAUGUGGUUUCCUCAUUGAUAUUACUUUCAUUUGCAAUUAUUCUUGUUGCAAAUAUUUGUAAAUAACACGUCAUUAAUAAUCUCAAAGUUUGUGUCCAAAAUUGCCGUUAUUGUUUUAGAUAUACACUACAGGUAACGAGUUCCAUUUUUUCGCUAUAUUCGAUGAUGUAUUAAAUUCAUGAAGAAAAACUAAUUUGAAAAUAAAAUCCAAAAAAAUCCCUUGCUUCCAGGCUUGACAACACCGCAAGUACGAAGCACUGUUUAUUUUUACAGUAAUCUGUUGGAACCUUUGAAUUCUUGUUAAUAAUACACAAACAUCCUGAACUUAUUCAUGACAAUUUUGAUGAAUGUAUAUAUUUUUGUCUCUAUAUAUAUCAAAGAUGCAUAAACGAUUCGAUUGUGAAAUUACUUUUUUGGAACAGAGUCGUUAAAUCAUUCUAAAGAAAUAUAAAAGUAGUACACUACAAUAUGUUGUCUUCAAGGCAAACUUUCACUUGAUAAAAGGAAAAGCAAACUAUCACCCAAUUGACUCUCAGUAAAUAAAAAAAAAUUAUUUCGAACAUUUUUAAUGCAUAUUUCCUCAAUUUUAUUAAGUUUUCCUAUUUAAAUACUCAAAAAUGUAGAUUUUCAACAUGGUAACACUACAGAUUUUAACAUUUUGUGCUGAAGGUACUACUCUAACAUAUGUUUGCACUGGUUGUAAUCUACGAAUAAAUGAUAAUGCGCCAAAAUUUGGUCUCGACAAAUUAAAAAGUGUUACAGUAAUUUUAACGCGGUUUUAAAUAGUUUUGUUAUCAAUGGCGAGUUUUACUUCCGGGUCUAUUUAGUCAUAUUGGUUUGAAAGUAAUCAUCAAAAUAUGAAAACUACACAUCUGUGUGUACACCUGGAACUUUCUCGUGAUACUUUGUAGGAUCUGUUAGUUCCAUAUUAUAUAGAAUUUUCAUUACUACAAAGAACUGACCUAAAAAAUGCUUUUCACUGUAUAUUCUAAAGAUGUCUGGUAAAGUAAGGCCUUGUUUUGUUUGCUUUCUGAUGAUAUCCACAGAGUCUGUGAUUGUACAAAUGCAAACAACGUCAUCCCUCUUAACUAUCCUACAAUGCAAUGUUAUCCUAGUACACUUCUUGACUAUCCCACAUUGCAUUGUUAUCCUAGUACACUUCUUGACUAUCCCACAAUGCAUUGUUAUCCUAGUACACUUCUUUACUAUCCCACAAUGCAUUGUUAUCCUAGUACACUUCUUGACUAUCCCACAAUGCAUUGUUAUCCUAGUGCAUUUCUUGACUAUCCAACAAUGCACUGUUACCCUAGUACACUUCUUAAAUAUCCCACAAUGCAUUGUUAUCCUAGUAGACUUCUUUUCUAUCCAACAAUGCAUUAUUAUCCUAGUAGACUUCUUUACUUUCCUACAAUGCAUUGUUAUUCAGAACACUACGUGUACACUUCUUCAGAACGUUACUAUCACACAAUGCACUACUUUCCAAAUACAUAUCCUUACUAUUCCACAAUGCUCUUCUACGAAGCACGCCUUACUAUUUUAGGUUAUCAAAUGAAGUGGAUAUUUCGCUUUUUAUCAAAUGCUUUUCAAAUUUAUUUAUCAGUAGUUUCACGUUGAUCAGUCAGUUAAUAUUCAUGAAUGACGAGUCAGUGGAUCUACUGUUUCCUUCAUUAAACCUGAUCGUCUGAUGAAGGAAACAGAUUUUUUGAUGAAGCAGACAGGUUGAUGAAUGAGACAUAUUGCCUAAAUCGUCACGCAUGAAUGUUUAACUAACUGUGAUAUAUGAAACUCUAUUCAGGUGUGUGUUUAUCAACACAAAAACAACUACUAACUAUAGAAUCAUAAUCUUCAUUUUCUUUGUAUUGUUUGUUAUUAUUGUCAACAUUAGUACUGUUUCUGCAUGAGUGACUGUAUCUUAACAUCAUACACAUAACUAUCGAUCAAAGUAUACUCUUGCUUAGUGUUUUUAAAAUAUUAUAGUUAACUAUAUUUUGCUACAUAAUAUCAAUGUGCCCAAACAGGCGAAUUUAUUCAUAUAAGUUUCACGUCCGAUAUUACGGCUUUUCAGCUUCGGACGUGUAAAACAGGUGAAUAGUAUUCGCGACAGUUAUAAACACUUUGCCUAUAUAUUCUGGACUUUUUUGGGAUGAAAUCAACAGGUGAGAAAAAUGUAUUAAAUAUUGUAUUGAGUUAUUCCAAAUAUAUGUCACAAAGUCUAUAUUUUAUCUUUCAUGGCUGAAAACACAAAUUUCUGUUGUAAUUUGACAUACAGUCUUUCGUCCGUGUGAGAAAUUGUUUUUGCUAUUUACGUCCAUAACAUACAGGAUAUAAAUACCGUUGUGUCGGUGAUAUAUACUUGUCUGGUUGUCUAUAUAUUAACUACUGUUUAUCAUUUCUACAGAUGUAAUAACAGAACAUUAUACUACAUGUGUAUAUAGUAUAUUUAACUCCAAGCCAGUCUUGUUAGCACGUGGGAUACCCAACCUAUAUUGAUGUUACGCUGUUGAUUCUAUAUUCUGCGGCUUGUUCACAAUAUAACAACUUUCGUGCAAGACAUCGACAACGGACAGAUAAACUCACAGCACAUAGUUUUAAGAGAGGUAUGUUGAUGAAGAUUUUCCAGAAGUUUUACAGUCGUCAUAAUGGUCAUAUUGAUAAAUAUUCUUUUUUCCUUGGUAUGUUUGUUUUCUUGAAGAUUCCGUUGUUCUCAUUUGGGAACGUGACAUUACUUAUAUUGACCUAGAUUCACAUGGCGGAUGUCAUCGGUAAAGCAGAAGACGCUUACCCUUUAUGAACACCUACCCAUGUUCCCCUUAAACUGUUUCCGGAGUCUUUGUAAAUCUGUGUGUUGUUCAUAUUGGCUGUUGGGGUUUGAAUCAAGAUUCUGUUGACAUGUUAGUAUUUUGCUUGUUGAAUUUUCCCACAAAUAUUUCAAUACAUAACAGCGAUUUUUUAUUUCAAUUUCUUAAAUUUGUUUCAUUCAAUUAAAAAAACAUCUGACAGUUACGAUUUAUUGUACAUACAUGAUACUUUACUUUAAUGAAAAAAAGAUAACAUUUGAAUUUUGUCGAAUUUCUAAAUGAAUAAUCUAUUACAAAUAAAUGAUCUCUUGGAUGGUGAUAGGAAUUGAGAACAGAAUUUGACAGUGUGCUAUCAUGAUUGGCUUGGAUAUCUACGUGAAUAUGACAUAAAGUAAUUAGUAUAUUGUAUAUAAGUGAGUUUAUUCUUAUCUAUAUUGCUUGGUUUCUGUCGCUAACAAACAUCCUAUACAUCAUGUUUACUGUAUUGUAAAAAAAAUAAACAAAUUGGAAUACCAA